GUCUGGUUGGUCUAUUACAAAAGCGUUCCUGGAAGUCUCGCGAUGUUGCGCGUAUGGGUUUAGAAACUGUGUUACUAUCUUGAACACAACCCUGCUUACGACCGGAAGUGAUGUAAAACUAAUGAGUCACAUUUUGUUCCGAAAACAGCGGUCUCCAGCUAGUGCAGAAGGCUAUGGCGUGCACUUUGGAAAAGGUUCUUGGCGAUGCUCGCACGCUGCUUGAGAGGCUCAAAGAGCACGACACGGCGGCAGAAGGACUGAUCGAGCAGUCUGGAGCGCUCAGCCAGAAGGUUCAGGGCAUGAGAGAGGUGGGGAAUGCCCUUCCAGACAAGUACAUGGAGGAAAGUUCUGAGAUACAGGAGUUGUCAAAGUACAAGCCUCACGUCCUGUUAACGCAAGAGAAUACCCAAAUAAAGGAACUACAGCAAGAAAACCGAGAACUGUGGCUGUCUUUGGAGGAGCACCAGUAUGCGCUAGAAUUGAUCAUGGGUAGAUACCGCAAGCAAAUGCUACAGCUUAUGAUGGAAAAGAAGGAGCUGGACACAAAGCCUGUUCUUAGCCUUCAUGAGGACCAUGCCAAGGAAGUGCAAAGCCAACUGGAGCGGAUAUGCGAGAUGGGUCAGGUGAUGAGAAGAGCUGUUCAGGUGGAUGACCAGCACUACUGCUCUGUGCGAGAGAGGCUUGCCCAACUAGAGAUUGAAAACAAGGAGCUGCGAGAUCUACUGACCAUUAGUAAGAGUUCUGUGAGGCCACAGAAGGAAGACUCCAGCCAGUCAGCGACAGAGGAAGAAGUCGAACCGGGGACCAAUCAGUGAUGGAAUCGAUAGAGAAGAUCUCAGUUCCAUACUCCUCGCAUCCUCUCCUCGUCUCCUUCUCAAAACCUUUUGGAUGAGAAAGCCAGAGGUCCCGCCCCUCUGACAUUCUCCUCCAGUGGGUUUUGAGGAGAGAGGACAGUAGGAGUAUGCAAUCGAGAACUUCCCAUAGAGAGGAGUUUGGAUUGUUCAUGGAGAAGAACAGUUCCCCGGGGCCACAAGACAGGGUUGAUUACAUUUUCACCACCGGUCACCCCUUCCCUUUAAGACAAAGUCCAUGUUUUGUGUUGUUAGUUACCAUUUAAUAUAUAUUUCCAAAGGUGCUCCUGCUGCCCAAUGAAGCACUGUAAAGGCACAGAGAAGAGAGAAUACUGUUUUUGUCAGGUAAGCUCCUAUACAACAGUUUUAGUAUAGAGGGUGAACUUUUGCAUUGGCCAAAGAUAAUCACAUUAGCUUUUUAUGGCAUGGUCUCUAGCUUUUCAUUUUGAGUCAUUUGUUCAAAUGUACUUACAACAUUGUAGAAAUAAUCAUGUGGUCAAUUCACGGGAAACCAAAUGCCAACUCUCCCCACAUGGUUUAUCAAAUGUUAUGCUGUCAAACUGCAAGUCUUGAUGUUUAUUCCCCUGGGCCUGAUAUGACAUCUUGUUGUCUCCAAAUGUUUCAAAUCAAAUUGCGUUUUUCACAUGGGCUUACUUAUGGGCCCUUAACCAACAAUGCAGAGUUUUUAAAACGGUAAGAAAUUCAGUCAAAUCAAUUUUCAGUCUGACUUGCUUGUAGCAGAUUAACAGUUUGUAUCUGUAUGUAAUUAUCUGCGACAUUAGAACUAUUAGAAAUAUUUUGUUAAUGUCUGUAAUUCAUGUGUAAAAAUAUAUAUUUUUCAUGUCUGGUAUAAUACUUACAUAAUGAGUCAGUGUGUGAUGUUCUUGACAUUAGCGUUUGACCAUAACUUAGAUUUGGGGAUCUUUUUUUAAAUUUUAUUUUUAACAAUCCAACAGCUUGACGCCUGUUGUCAAAUUGUAUAUGACAUUGUCAUCUCAGGAAACUUUCUUGUCAUUAUUGCAAAAGUGAGCUGUAAUUUCUUCAAUGCUUUGAUGAGUGAAUUUAUUAAUUUGAUGUGUCAAAUAAAUAUUAAUCAAAUGCCUAAUUUCACUGAUUUUAUUUGUUACAGCAAAAGGAAAUGUGGACAUUGCAAGAUAGAGCACUUGCUUGAUGGAUAGAUUUGUUGAAAAUUUCCCUUUACUCAGGAUGACAAAUGUUAUUUGAAUUUCCCAGUUCACUCAAAAGUAAUGGCGAUCUGAAAUUCGGGGAUUUCGCUAGAUGGAGACAUUGCUUUAAGGGCUUCAAUUAAAACGAGCUAUCGUGAGAUUUAGGUUAUGGCUCCAGAAUCCAGGGCCUGCGUUUGACAUUUUUAGCAAGAAAAAAAGUUUUUUCCUGGCAUGAUUAACUGAUGCCUCGCAGAGAGUGCCAUCAAACUUGGUAAAUAACCCAAUUUGUUCCAGAACGUUAGCUACGUUCUGCUUUGCUCUGCUUUUAGAUACUUUUUUCUGCUCUGCUUUUUAUAUGGUUUACGCAUAUGAUCUGUAUACAGGUCAAUUGUAUUCAGAAUGCUUUGAACAUUAAAUGAACACUCAAUUGUA